UACCGUGAGAUCUAUCAGUGAUGACCGCCUGACCGGUUAAGGCCUCGUUUGGCAGCUCUGUAUUUUCUCAGUUUUUUUGUGAAACUACAGUUUUCAAAAUUACCAGAGUUUGAAUUACCUGUAACCUGUUUGGUUAUCUUUAAAAACUCCAGUAUUAAUGUCAUAGUAUCCUUAAAACUGCAGUAUUAUUUCUGUAUAAAAUAAAGACCCUCCGACCUCUUUAUUUUUUCCGGAAAAGCCGUCCCUCACCUCCUCCACUCCCACGUCGAUCGCAAGUCAUGCAACGACUCUGCUCUUCCUCGAGGCGCCGCCACCGCCUGCUAUCGCCUCCCUCGGUCGAGAUGGAGAAAGAGAAACAGGCGCAAGGAGAUAAAAAGGAGAAGAAACCCAGAGCACAUUGGACAUGCAGUCAAUUAGAAUUUCUUGUUUAUAUGAUGAAAGAGUAUGCGGAUACUGCUAAAUAUUAUGGUCAGAAUGGAUUCACAAAAGAAGCGUGGAAUCACAUGUCAAGUCGCUUGAAUACACAGUUCCCUAAAGCUGAUUUUACCAUUGUUCAAAUAAAAGAUAGGGAGCAACGGUUAAAGAAAGAUUACAGUAUUGUCAAGUCUAUUUUGAACAAGAGUGGCUUCGGAUGGGAUCCCGUGCAAAAAGUGCCAGAAUCCAUUGAUGAAAAAUGGGAUGAGUUGAGUAAAGAACAAAGGAAGUGGAGGUACAAAGCAUUCCCUCACUACGAUGAUUUGCAUGGAAUUUAUGACGGUAAAACAGCGGAGGGGAAGCGUUGUAAAAGGACAACUGAUAUGUUCGAAGAGAAGGACAGCUCGCCUGCUUUUGUACCUGAAGAAACCUGCACAGAAUCAGUUCUACGGGCUGCUGGACUUAAUUCACCUACUCCAACAAUACCUGGUCCAGACUUGGAUGGUCACCAAUAUGAUUGGGACAGAGGCUUAUAUGGUGAUGACGUUGAGUUUCCUUCUGCUGCUCGUUCUCAAGGUGUGGAAAAUCCUAGUAGUCAGUUUGAAGCUGAAUAGAACUACACAAUUCCUGACCAACCACCAAAGAGGUAUCAGCCUUCAAAAGGCAGUGAUGAACACAGGCCUAAGAAAAGCAAGGAAUCAGCGAUUGAUAAUCUAGUGGCUUUUAGAAAGGAAGAACUCCAGACGUAUGUGGAUGUGAAGUCUAAACAAAUUCAGAGCUACAGAGACGUCAAAAUGGCACAGAUGCAACAAAGUGAUCCUGACAAUGAUCCUUAUUGCAUUACCAAAUGCAUCGCUAAAGUGAAGACUGUAGAAAAACUUUCACCACGUGAUCGUCUAAAGAUCAUAGAGUCCUUGACAGAGCAUAGAACAGACCGUAAAGUCUUCAUGACAGUGGAUGAUGAAGUGUUUAUGGAGAUACUGAAGAAAGUGCUUGGUCGUGAGGAGAUCUGAAACAAUAUUUUGAUCAUGUUAUUUUUUGAUGGAUUAGAAAUCUGUUUACACUCCAGCAUAGUUUCUUUCUGCAUGUCGGUUUUCUAUCUUCAUCUUAACGUUCAAUAUUAUUAUGAGUUCAUAUAUGAACCAUAUAUUUGAGUUAGUAUUCCUGAUGUUAGUAUCAGAGUCUUCUUAAUAUUCACCUGAUUUUUGCAA